AUGUUCUCAUACACAUCGCGCUCCUUAAUUGGAGUGAGCAAACACCUUAGGGUGCCUGUGCCAUUCCGCUCUCUAUCAUCCCCAACCCAGCCAACUCCGCCGGAGCAAGAGAAGACACCCGCUCAAGACCCAACACCGACCCCUACACCAGUCGCUCCUGCAGAAGCUGCCCCUGUGGCCCCUACUCCUGCCGCUGCUCCUGCCGCUACACCUGUCGCGACUCCCGUCGCUACCCCCGCCGCUACCGCCCCUGCAUCAACUACUCCAGUAGCAUCGACGGAAGCCGAGCAGAUCACCAAGCCUAGCGUUAAGGAAUGGUCUGAACGAUUAGGAGCAUUCGGCGAGGAGAGCCGACUGCCACGAAGCGUGCAAGCCAUAUACCUACGUCCUUUGCGGAGGAAGGCAGAGUACGGCCUCCCAGUUUGCGACCUUCAAUUGCGAUCAUACAGCGUCCGUAACGUCGAGUUCUUCACCGACUUCGCCAUCCGUGCCGCUUACUACCUCAACCUCCCCGUGUCCGGGCCUGUGCCUCUCCCCCGCAUCGUUGAACGCUGGACCGUCCCCCGAAGCAACUUCGUGCACAAGAAGAGCCAGGAGAACUUUGAACGUAUCACCCUCCGCCGACUGGUUCAGAUCAAGGAUGGAAACCCGCAAGCGGUGCAGACGUGGCUUGCAUUCCUCCGAAAGCACGCGUUUUACGGAGUCGGUAUGAAGGCAAAUAUCUGGGAACACGAUAGUCUCGGUAUGGUUACACUAUUUUUCUCCUUUUUUUCGUCUGCAUGGCCGUCUUUAUUGGUCAAGGUACUAACCAUCGAUUCUAUAACAGAUGCUGGUAAGGCUAUGGACGCUUCUGUCGCCGAGGUGGAAGAGGCCCUCCGCCCCGAGCUUGCGCAAUUCGGUCAGCGGAAGGACAACUCGGCCCCCGGCACGAUAUUCGAUACUUUGAACAGUGAGCGAUUCGGAGAGCGCAAGGGUUUAUAG